GCACGCAGGCGCAGUGCGCACGCCGGCUGAGCUGGGUCUCGCGGCUGGGUGCGCGGCAGCGGAGAGCGAGGCCUGGUGAGCGCCGCCGUAGCGCGCGCCAGCUGGUCAAGGUUGUGCGCGGAGGAGGCGCAGCGGGCGGGCAAGGAGCGGGCGUUUCAUCCUCGCAGUGGCACCGGGACCGGUCGCCUGGAGCCGAAAUCAUGACCACACCAGGAAAAGAGAACUUUCGCCUGAAAAGUUAUAAGAACAAAUCUCUGAAUCCCGAUGAGAUGCGCAGAAGGAGGGAGGAAGAAGGACUGCAGUUACGAAAGCAGAAAAGAGAAGAACAGUUAUUCAAGAGAAGAAAUGUUGCUACAGCAGAAGAAGAAACAGAAGAAGAAGUUAUGUCAGAUGGUGGCUUUCAUGAGGCUCAGAUAAAUAACAUGGAGAUGGCACCAGGUGGAGUCAUUACGUCUGACAUGAUUGAAAUGAUAUUCUCAAAUAGCCCAGAGCAGCAGCUUUCUGCAACACAGAAAUUCAGGAAACUACUUUCAAAAGAGCCUAAUCCUCCUAUUGAUGAAGUCAUCAACACACCAGGAGUAGUGGCCAGGUUUGUGGAGUUCCUCAAACGAAAAGAAAAUUGUACACUGCAGUUUGAAUCAGCUUGGGUCCUUACAAAUAUUGCUUCAGGAAAUUCUCUUCAGACCCGCAUUGUAAUUCAGGCAGGAGCAGUGCCUAUUUUCAUCGAGUUGCUUAGCUCAGAGUUUGAAGAUGUCCAGGAGCAGGCAGUCUGGGCUCUUGGCAACAUUGCAGGAGAUAGUACCAUGUGCAGGGACUAUGUCUUAGACUGCAAUAUCCUUCCCCCUCUUCUGCAGUUAUUUUCAAAGCAAAACCGCUUGACUAUGACCCGGAAUGCAGUAUGGGCUCUGUCUAAUCUCUGUAGAGGGAAGAGUCCACCUCCAGAAUUUGCUAAGGUUUCUCCCUGUCUGAAUGUCCUUUCUUGGUUGCUGUUUGUCAGUGACACGGAUGUACUGGCUGAUGCUUGCUGGGCCCUGUCAUACCUGUCAGAUGGACCCAAUGAUAAAAUCCAAGCAGUCAUCGAUGCAGGAGUAUGUAGGAGACUUGUGGAGCUUCUAAUGCAUAAUGAUUAUAAAGUAGUUUCUCCUGCGUUGCGGGCUGUGGGAAACAUUGUCACAGGGGAUGAUAUUCAGACACAGGUCAUCUUGAAUUGCUCAGCUCUUCAGAGUUUAUUACAUUUGCUGAGUAGCCCAAAGGAAUCUAUCAAAAAGGAAGCGUGUUGGACAAUAUCUAAUAUUACAGCUGGAAAUAGGGCACAGAUCCAGACUGUGAUAGAUGCUAACAUGUUCCCAGCUCUUAUCAGUAUAUUGCAAACAGCAGAGUUCCGGACAAGGAAAGAAGCUGCUUGGGCCAUCACAAAUGCAACUUCUGGAGGGUCAGCUGAGCAGAUCAAGUACCUAGUAGAACUGGGUUGUAUCAAGCCACUCUGUGAUCUCCUCACUGUCAUGGACGCAAAGAUUGUACAGGUUGCCCUAAAUGGCUUGGAAAACAUCCUAAGGCUUGGAGAACAAGAAGCCAAAAGGAAUGGCUCAGGCAUUAACCCUUACUGUGCUUUGAUUGAAGAAGCAUAUGGUCUGGAUAAAAUUGAAUUCUUACAGAGUCAUGAAAACCAGGAGAUCUAUCAGAAGGCUUUUGACCUUAUUGAGCAUUACUUUGGGACAGAAGAUGAGGACAGCAGCAUUGCACCCCAGGUUGACCUUAGCCAGCAGCAGUACAUCUUCCAGCAGUGUGAGGCUCCUAUGGAAGGUUUCCAGCUUUGAAGCAAUCCUCUGCUUUCUUGUUCCUGUGUCACACCAGGCUGCCCAGUCAAGUCCUCUUGUGGAGCCCACAGUCCUCAUGGAGCUAAUUUCUCAAAUGUUUUCCAUAAUACUAUUUGCGCUCAUUUGCUUGCCUUGCGCACUUGCUCUCUUACACACAUUUGGAAAACCUCUGGCUCUCUGUGGUGGAAUACCCUUUUAUUACAAGGGUAACCAGAACGGCCCACUCUCUUUUGGAAAAGCCCCUAAGCUUUGGAGAUCCGCACUUACAUUAGAGUCAUGGGAAUCUAUACACAUAUUAAUGUGGCUCCCUUUUUUGUGGGGGAAAAAACAAAGAGGACUCUUCCUCAUUCCGUAUAGUGGGGAAAAAUGACAUUAAAAGAUAAAACUAAAAUCUUUAUCUUGAAUUUUACACAACUACUUGGACAAGGGAGAUAUUUAGACUUGUGUAUACGUCAGUACUCUUCUCGAGUUCUUCCACAGUGAACCAACCCUUGGAGUACCCGGUGGCUUGUUCUAGCCAAAUUUGCAUUAAUCCUUAUUGAGAUGGGAUGGUUUUCUUUCCUCUAAUGGAGUCAUUCUUCAGAUAUUAAAGUUAAACCAUCCACUCCCUCACCUUCAGCCUUCAGUGAAUGUGCUUCUAGUUGUCAGGAAUGCUGAAGAAUUAACAUUUGACUUAAAUGUGAUACUGGCUUGACAGAUUUCCUUAAAGCAGAAAGGAGAGGAGCACCUAUUAAUUUGUAUGGCUUUUGCUUCUCUUUGGUUUUAUGUUUCUUAGGAUUUGGAAGUGGUUCAGUUUUAAUGCUGGUAUGAAGAUUAAAAGUCCUUAAGUAAAACCUUGUUCUAAAAUUCAAUUGUAAGAAGAACAGGAACCCAUCACUUUCUUUAAACCAUCAUGACUAGAGGCUGUGUUUCUGCAUUACAAAAGAUACUCAGGCUUUGUGGUCCUGAGCCAGGUCCUGGUAAAUUGGAGUUCGCCCUAGGUGCUUUUCCUCUGUGACUGGCAGAUGACACAUAUUUAAAUGUUACUUAGGUUGUUUUUGGUCAAGCGCAGCUCUGUUGUGAUGUCCUCGUGCUGCACACAUGACCCUGCAGUGCAGCACCCUUAUCUUUUAAAGCAUAACAGUCUCCUCAGUGUGACCUCUAGGCUAAAAGGGCAGUGGUCCAAUAACCUCAGUGCCCCUGAUUGUAUUUCAUCUCCUACUAGCACCCUACCUCCCCUAGAAAGAACAGUGCCCACCUCCUGCUUAUUUAAUGAAGACUGUACUAUCCCUGCAAGUGGCGCUUCCAGCACUGUGUUCACUGAUCCACAUUUGUGCUUGGACUAGAAGGGGAAACAGACAAAAAAGCAUAAUUGCCAAGAGAACUGCAAAUGAGUUCAAUGUGACUUCUCGGUGCUAGUUGGCCAUCUUGGCUCAAUGUUGGGACACACUAUCAGAGAGGUUUUUUGUUUUGUUUUGUUUUGUUUUUUAAAGAUACUCUAUUCAAAAUGAAUUCUGAAGGAAAAGUUGCUCAGAAAAGUCUGUUUCAGAGCAUAACCUUUUAAAUCUCUUUAGACUACUCUUCUAGAAUUCAUUGUAACCCCAAAGUGUAAGAAACUAUCUGGAAGUUGCCCUGACAAGCUAUUGCACAUCUCUGGUAAAUCCUGCUGAAUGUAAGGGAUAUUCAGAGCUUUCAUACCUCAUCAUGAUGUUAUUUAAGCAGCCAAUUUAUACGACCUGAUUUACUUUGAAAAAUUCAUUUCAUUUAAACUAGGAAGUUCCAGAGACAAAGGACAUUUAUCAGCCAAGAGUGUGAUGCAUUCUUGCCCUAGUCUUUACUUGUGUCUGUGCUCUGGGAUGGACUGUCUGAUGUCUGUUAUUGAUGGAGCAGGCACUGCAGAACUAGUCAGUUCCCAUCUGUCCUGUUGUUUUCUAGUGCUGCUUUGUGCUGAGAGAACAUGUUAGUUUACUGAACUUGACCUGUACAAGACUGAUUCUUUGUAAUUUUAGGGAUAAAAUUAGGUGUUUAAUUUAAAGAUGAACUUUCAAUGUUGCCUUUACAUCACAUUAAAAUAUCACUUCUUUGAGAGAAGGGUAAUAGAAGCACUGAUUCAUAGUAAAAAUCUUGUUUUUAGCUUUGACUUUUCUUGUGGCUGAUUUUUUUUUUAAUUGUAAAUUGCUGGUAACAUGUUAUUUCUAUAGAAUGUUUUAAAUUAUGUACCUUCUAAUGGAUAGUUAAAAUCUUUGCAUCUUAUAAAUGAGUUUGAAUGAAAAGAAAUACAAAGCACACAGUUGUAACCCAUCUUACCAAGAGCAUACACAUGGAACUUUUGUAGCAAUUUCAGGGUGAGCUAGCUAGUGAGUUAGGUCCAUUAACCAGUGUGAUCGCUUUUAUCUAAAACAGAAGAACUUAUCUUAGUCUGAGCAGAAGCUCAUGGACCUUAAAUACUCUGAACUUUGUUUUUAUAGAAAAUGAUUGUUUAUGUGUAAAGAUUGGAGUUGGCUAAAGUUUAACCCUAGCAAAUUCAGAUGUUUGGGAACUGAAUACUUACAAAGCGGACUUUUUUUUUCUUUUUCUUUUUUUUAAAUGUGAGUGGAAUUUUAAGGGGUACUUGUAAAUCCUAUUUUUAGUCUUUCACCUGGUAAAAUCUAUUAAUUUAGUUUGAAUCUUUUGAAUAUUUUUAUCACAAAGGUGUUACUUAUUAUAAAAAGCAUGUUAGUAUUUAUAACACAAGAAAACUUUCAGUUUUUAGAUAGUGAUCAGGGCAAAAUGGCUUUGUUUUUCUUUCCCUGUCUUCCUUCAGACUUUCCAAGUAUGUAUUUUAUACUGAGAACUUUGGUUUAAAAAAAAAAAAAAAAGCAUUCAGAGAUUUUUGAGAUGUGAAGCUAUGUGGUACCUGAAGGAGCAGAGGGUAAAUAUGAUUGAGUGAGAAAUAACCUAGAAAGAACAUAUGCCAGAUAUAAAAAAAGAUAUAGGAGACAGAGUUCUCCGUGGAACAGUUGUUCUUGUCACCAGUCAAAGCCAUUUUUAUAUUGCUCUCAUCAGUAGUCCCCCUGCUGGAAACUGUUGCUAGGGUUGUUUCUCCCAUAGACCAGACAAAGUUAUUGAACUCUGGGUGUUUUUCGGCCUUACUGUCCCAUAAUAAAUCUGAAUUAUUCCAGUUGCUGCUGAUUAUGCUUAAGAAAAACAUAUGUAAGUAUAAUUUGUCAACCAAACUCCCUGUUGUACAUGACUACCUACCGGCAACUUUGAUUGAUUUCUGUAGUGCUAAAUAAACAUUUCAGCUGUCUGACCCCGAGAUGUGGGGCUGCAUUGUAAAA